AUGGCCCUACCUUCACCUCCGGAGGGUCUUGACCUCACCGAGUCGAGGAUCCGCGAGGUCACUGGCGCACUGGCUUCCAUAUGGGUGCUUGCUGUCAUCGCCGUCUCGCUUCGUUUCCUUGCACGCUGGCUCAAGCGUAACAGAAUAUGGUGGGAGGGUUAUGUGAUUAUCAUAUCCAUGGUAUUUUCUCGCUUCCUUGCCAAACUUGAAAUAGCAGCAGUGACAAAAUACUGA